AUGCUUACGUGUCUACCCGUAUUGCUAACGUACGCGCAAGCUGCGCUAGCCAACGCUCACAACCCUAAAGAGAGAGCAGUAGUCAGAGACGCGCUCCGCUUUAUCGCAGGACAGAACGCAUUCGCAGACGCGAUCGAGAGCUCUAAAGGACCCGCGACCCAACUCUUCCGUGAACUUAGCCAUAACUGGGAGACAGGGAAUCCCAAUAUCAUUACAAACUCGUCCGAGGGUACUCAGGAACCCAGAGCCCCUUGA